CAAAACCCAACUCUUAUGCCAUUAGAAAGAGGAUCAUGAAAAACCUAUAAAAAAAUGGUUCAAGAAAUUUUAGUUCGCUCAUAAAGCUAAAGUCCGCUUGCUCUAGCAAAAAAUGCCCACUGUGCAGCUUUGAGCUGACAAUGAACAUUUAGGGCUUUUCUUGUAAAUUCUGUAACUUUAUAAAGAAAGGCCGUGUAGAGCUGGGAGAUGUCUCAUUUUAAUCAGAAAUGUGCGGGCUACAAUUAUGCCUCAUUAUGAAAGGUUUUCAUUUCUCAAAAACUGGUUUUGCAGAAAACCGAGACUUCAAGAGCCAUGGGCAAAAAUCCUUUUAGGCUUUUUACCAGCUCGAUGUGCUCUAUUAAACGAAGUAUGAAUGAAGGAAAUCGGAGUUGGGCACCUGGGGCGGUUCUCUCGUUAGGAAGUCUUCCCUUGCCUUAAUACCGUUCCAAUACCGUUCCACUCCUUUCGAAAAAGAGAAAUAUACAUAGCAGUUUUAAUAUUGAUAUGAAUUGUGCAUAAGGUGGGAUCUUUUUUUGAUUUGUGUUUAAUAGUCAUCAUCAUUAAAUGAAAUCGGUUUACAACUGUCAUCAGACUCAGCUGAAGCAACGCUACCACCAAUUGCAACAAUAUUAACAAAUAAUACUGGAUUGACAUUUUCACCUAUUAGUCCAGCAUCAUGUAUAUCGCCACCUCUUCAAUUACCAGCGUCAGUCUCUACAUGGAUGAAUCAAUCGUCAUCUCCAGAGAUUACAUUAAGCACGGCACAGAUGAUAUUUGUUUCAAGAAAUGACAAUGACCCAUCAGAUGUAAUUCUUUCAUUAGCACCUAUGCCUGUAUCAACAGCAGCCUCAUCAAGCAUCAAUUCGCCAAACAUUAGUCCAACAAUUGUCAACGAUGGUAUUCUUGCUAUAUCAAAUACAGUUAAAACCAAACGUAAACGAUGUGUGAUUGAAAAAAUUGAUAAUGCUAUUGAAACCAGACGUAGAGCAGCUGCAAAGAAAGAUACAGUUUGA